UAGCGCAGAAAGAACAUAAGCUCACAGUAGUUUAUCGAAAGGUGCCGUGCGCCACGCCCAACUUUGACCAAGAAUAACGUUGCGCAGGUGAACGAACCACUGAGCGGUGCGGCGGAGACAUUAGACUGGUAGAGGAUAGGAACAAUGGAUAAUGAGAAGGAAACGUAUUUACAAGAUGACUGAAAUGUAUGUCGUUUACCCUGUGUAGAAUUAAUAGCCUAUGGAUAUUUGGCGGCCAAAACUAUUUCCGACCAGUAUCAACAAAAAGUUUAAACUAGUCUAAAUAGCAUCAAAAAAGGAGAGUAGGCUAUGGAGCAGCUAGGUGGCGCUUGGCUGGAUACAAGUGCCCCUUUCCCGGAUGAGAUGCGGAUUUCAGUCCGGAAUGCGACAUCGAUGGCGGAGGCUCGGCUCAACUUGUCCCCCCGAACUAAACUGGUUCUGGAGGUCCUGAUGGUGUUGAUGUGUCUCGGCGCAGUCACAGGUAACAUCCUGGUGAUUGUGAUAGUGGCGGCCACCAAGACCUUCCACUGCGUGACAUCAGUGCUCAUUAUGAACCUGGCCAUCAGUGACCUGUUGGUCGGGGUUGGAGUCAUGCCCUUCAUAGCUCUCUCCAUCAUGAACAACGGAUGGGUCGACUGUACUGACCUGUGUCUGUAUGUGGGGUACACCUCCUCAGUCUACUGUACAGCCUCAGUCCUGACCCUGGCAGCCAUCGCCCUGGACCGCUACCAUUCUAUCAUGGACUGUCUGCGCUACAGUUCCCACUGUACCCUAUGGAGGAAGUGUGCUGUGGUGCUGUGGAUCUGGCUCCAGGCCCUGGUCACCAGCUGUCCUCCUCUGCUGGGCUGGAGCACUGUGUCCUACAUGGCUCCCAUGUACAGCUGUGCGGUGAACUGGAAGAGCAGUCCCAGCUACACAGCCUUCAUGGCUGCCCUGUCCUUCCUCAUGCCUGCUGCAGUAAUCCUCUUCUGUUACGUCAUCAUCGUCCGUGUAGCCCGGAGCCACGCCAGGAGGAUCCACAACCUGGAGGACCAGCUCCAGAGAAACACUGGAAUGCCGAGCUCCUCCUUCCCGACCGAGAGUACUUCUGAGCGGACUAGUCCGAGGUGUCUAGGUGCCCACGGUCCUUCCACCUCCAGGCUGGUGUAUCAUCUGAGUGGGCGGUUUGUAUCGGAGACCCAUGGAGAGGUUGGGGACGAGGUUCCUUCAGGGUCAGAUCAUACUGCUGGAGCUCCACAGACCUCCAACCACCCAGACUCUACCUCCAGCUCCAAUGCUGCAUCCCGGAGACUGUUCUCCUUCCUGGCCCAACACGCCCCCCAUGGCCACCCCCAUCCGCCCCACCAGAACUCCAACUCCAAUCACCUCCACCACCACGGGGUUGUACGUCUCUUCCUGGUUAUCGCCGCCUUCUUCCUGUGUUGGACUCCAUAUAUAGGCGUUGCACUAGUCCAGGCCACGGAGACCGCCCUAUCGUGUAAGUCCUCCUUAGUCCCGCCCUCAGCGGUUACCUUCUCUUAUUGGUUGGUUCUGUUGAACUCAGAUAUCAAUCCUCUGCUGUAUGCCCUGCUCAGUCAGAGGUUCCAGGGGGCUCUGCGGUGCCUGAAGCAGAAGAUUAGAGUGCGUCUUGGGGGGAACGUGGUGGGGAGUGGGGGAGGCGAGACCAGGGGGGAGGGAGAGGAGGGGAGGAGCAGUGAACCAUGUGACCCAUGUACUCUGACUUCCGUCCAUCCCCGCCCCCAGUGGCCCCGCCCCCAUCCUGGCCUAGUAUGUUCUGGACCUGGGUCUAACAUCCACAACCCACCUGUAGGAGGGGGGCUGAGACGGGCCUACUGCUCUUCCGUCUUCACAGUUGACUCCAACUUCUCGGACAGCUCCAGGGAGCGUGUGUGUGGUGUGUUCUGCCCCGGUAGCUCCGCCUCUUCCUCCACCUCCUCCUGCCCCCUGUGGCAGGACUCAGUUGGAGGAGGUGGGGAGAGGAGUUCAAACAGGAGGUUGGAGUGCCUGCAGGUCCCCACCAGGACAGCAGAGGGCAGCAGUCUGCCGUUCUCUGCAGCCACCAGAGACAGACAGGCAACCUUCUUCUAUGGACAGAUCACAGUGAGGGUAGAGCAUGAUGUAUGCUAG